UAAUUAUUUUCAUAGCUUGUGAAUUUUGUGGCCAUCUUGAAGGUUUUCACCAGCGUUUCUGCCUUCACAUUCAUUUAAUAGGACACCCGGUCAGGGCCAUGUAUUUCGUGUAAACGGCUCUUUCCGGGGACAAUGGGCUGAGUGAUGCUUUGUUUUGAGCCUGUAUCUGCCGCAUGAAGCCCCGUUGACUCUGAGCGCGUGUAGGUGGAUGAUCUCAGAGUGAAUUUUGGAGCGAUGUCUGCCGCAGAAGGAGCGCACAGCCCGGACAGACUCAAUCAGUUUGAGCGGCUGUCUGGAAGGCCUCCGCUGAGAGCUGCAGGCUCUAAGAAGAGAGUUUGCUGGCUACAAGCUCGAAGAAUCCUCGGCCAACCCUGUCCCAGUCUUCGGAUCCCUAACAGGUUUUUAAGAGAAGGUCAUAGAGCCCCUCCGGCCCGGAGUGGCCAUCGCUGUGUGGCCGACAACACCAAUCUCUAUGUGUUCGGAGGGUACAACCCUGACUACGAUGAAUCAGGUGGCUCAGAAAAUGAAGACUAUCCACUGUUCAGGGAGCUGUGGAGGUUCCGCUUUGCAACUGGGACAUGGCAACAAAUCCGCACAGAGGGCUUCAUGCCCACCGAGCUGGCCUCAAUGUCUGCUGUUUUGCAUGGAAACAACCUUCUUGUGUUUGGCGGUACUGGAAUCCCAUUCGGUGAGAACAAUGGAAAUGACGUUCAUGUCUGCAAUGUUAAAUACAAACGAUGGUCCCUCCUCAACUGCAGGGGCAAGAAACCUAAUCGAAUAUAUGGACAGGCGAUGGCCAUAAUCAAUGGCUUCUUGUACGUAUUUGGAGGUACAACGGGUUACAUCUACAGCACUGAUCUCCACAGACUGGAUCUAACAACACGAGAGUGGAUUCACUUGAAACCCAACAACCCUCCAGAUGACCUGCCCGAGGAGCGAUACAGACAUGAGAUAGCCCAUGACGGACAGAGAAUAUACAUCCUUGGAGGGGGAACCUCCUGGACUUCCUACCCAUUAGACAAGAUACAUGCUUAUAACCUCGAAACAAAUUCCUGGGAAGAAAUCACAACAAAACCUCACGAAAGAAUAGGAUUCCCAGCCCCUCGUAGAUGUCAUAGUUGUGUGCAGAUUAAAAAUAAUGUAUUUAUAUGUGGAGGAUACAAUGGUGAAGUAAUACUGGAUGAUCUGUGGAAGAUCAACCUGCAGACAUUCCAGUGGAAUAAACUACCUGCAGUGAUGCCUGAACCUGCCUACUUCCACUGUGCUGCUGUUACCCCGGCCGGUUGCAUGUACAUCCACGGUGGUGUGGUGAACAUCCAUGAGAAUAAGCGGACUGGUUCCUUGUUUAAGAUCUGGCUGGUGGUGCCCAGUCUGCUGGAACUGUGCUGGGAGCGUCUGCUUAAAGCCUUCCCACACCUGGCCCAACUCACCCCGAUUCAGCUGCUAAAUUUAGGCCUUACCCAGGAACUCAUUGAACGUUUGAAAUGAAGAGAAGGGGAGAAGUGCUUGUGUAUACCUUUUUUUUUUCUUUUUUUUUUUGUGGAGAUGGUGGACAGUACGACACUUGAGCCAACGUGCAGACAGAAAGAACAUGAUGGAUUCUAAGGAAGCCCAUCAACACAGCCCGCCUUAAAACCAAAAACUAUAGGAUGCCUUUUUUUUUUUUUUUGUUCACGAAUGCAUCAUUUUAAUGAUUUCAAAAAUAUAAAUCAUAAACAUCCAAUAGAGAGAAGGUUCUUUUCUCAAACACUAUGGGUCAGUGACCUUAAUUUUUUAUUUAAUUUUUUUCCUUUCAUGAGAUUGUAAUGUUAUUUAUUGGCCUUCUGUAGUGGUGUGGGGGGCUUGAGUUGUUUUUACUGAUGUAUUGAUAUUCAUUUCAUUUUUAUGAUUCACCAUGAAAGUUCCCCACAGCAUGAAUAUUAUUCAAUUGGCAAUGAUGAAUUUGGGCUUUAAUCUGGACAAACGCACGUUUCGCUGCUGGACACGGGAUUACGCUUCAAGGUUUUAUGUUACCGAUUCAAGAAAAUGGUGCAAAAUCAGUGCUGAACAAGUGUUUCAAAGUUGAAUGUUUUAGCAGUGUAACAAACAUUUCUAAUGGUGAGUUUGACGUUUUCUGUGAGAUUGUUGAUUUUAAGGUUCUUAAGAUGCUGUUGCUCAGAUUUGCAGAUACUUCUGCACUUAAUGCACAAACACAGACCAAUGUUUAAACAAAAGUCAUAGCAAAGCUGUUUCCAUGUUUCUCUCAGCAACUCAGUUUUGUAAACCAAUCGUUACAUCACUGUGAACAAGGUGCUCAAUUUACUUUUAAUGAUUUUACUGAAAUAAAAUAUACUUUUUGUUUUUCCUUAAACUGAUAAUCCCUCAUCCAAAUCUUUUAAUUAUAUUUGGCAUAUUGAAGCCAAUGGCAGACACAUUUAAUUGAUUAGUGCCUUUCCAAGCAAGACCUUAUAAUGUGCUAAAUUGAUCCGUGAUAUAAAGCCUUGCUAGACACACAUUAUUAUUUUAUUUAAAUUAUGCUCCUGGACAAGCUGACCUGAAUAAAAAAAAAUACAUAAAAGGUGAACACUUUUUCCAUCAAGCUUUACAGUGCUUGAUACAUUUACAGUAAAUUGUUUAACAAUUCAUGCCUGGUCAGCAUAGUGCAAAUAAUAUUGACAAAUCGUUUAAGCCUUUGUGUAUAUCUGUACAGUUUAACAAAAAGAAAAUCUCCCUAUGGAUUAGCAAUAAUGUAGCAGAGCAUCUCUUUACUAUGCUGACCUGGUACAAUGAUCAAUCUCUGAAUUCAAAACAUCACUGCUUGAAAUGCCAAAUACAGUAUCUUGAACUCAAGAGUUGAUGCAUUUAGACUUGUUGGGUUACUUAACCUUAUGGUCAGUUCUACGAACAUACACAUUUUAUAGCCAUUUAACUACAUUAUCAGGCACCAUCAUCAAUUGAUGUAGUUGAGAAAAAAGUUAAAGGUUCAUAAUUGCAAUUAUAUUUCUGCACCUGCUGCAUCCGUAUAUAGUUGCUGCUUAUGUCUUUGUUUCUAUUAUGUUUUCAAAGUAGCUUAUCUCUAGAAUAUUACAGGUCACCGGCAUGCCGGUCUACACACCUUGAACUUAAUUCUGCAUGACUGGCUCCCUGUUUGCAUGGGUCAAGACUAAGGGUGCUUUGCCAUACAGGCAAUGUGCAGACCAUGAUACUACAGCACAGCUGUAUCGAUUAAUAAGAGUCCCUACAUUUCUUUGUGUUUUUGAGACAAGGAGUCUGUUAGGACUUCAGUUGUUCAGCAAAUGUUUCAAAGGUUCACACAGUUUUGUGUUUUUAUGGUUGGAGAAUUAAUAAACUUGUUCA